GGCGUUAUAGUGCAGCGUUCAGAGACGAGGCGCAGUGGAGUGGAUGCCGAGGCCGGGACAGAGACCGUGCUGCUCUAUGAUGAGUUCCACCCCAGGCUGUUCGCGCAGCACACCACCCGACCACACCUCGUCUUCAGGAGCUUUAAUGUCGCUGUGGACGAGUUCUUCCAACAAAUAGAGUCUCAGAAGCUACAGUCACGCGCGGUGCAGCAGGAGCGCGACGCCCUCAAGAAGCUCGACAACGUGCGCUCUGACCACGCCAGCCGCGUCAGCGCCCUACAGCGUCUCCAGCAGAGCGACACACAGCGGGGCCAGCUCAUAGAGCUGAACCAGGCGCUGGUGGAGGCGGCUAUCGUGCAGCUACGGGCGGCGCUGGCGCACCAGCUGUCGUGGCGCGACAUCGAGGAGCUGCUGCAGGAGGCCAGGGAGAGCAACGAGCCUGUCGCCCUCGCCAUCAAGUCUUUAAGCCUCGAGACAAACUCCUUCACCAUCAUGCUCAGUGACCCGUACUGCCAGGACGAGGACGACGCGCUGCUGGACAGUGACGAGGAGCGUCUCGAGGGCCACGACAGCGACACGCUGCGCCCCACGCCCGUCGAUAUCGACCUCGACCUCAGCGCCUUCGCUAACGCCCGCAAGUACUACGACAGCCGGAGGAAGGCGGUGUCUAAGGUCGAGAAGACGGUGGCCGCCUCUAGCGCGGCCCUCAAGUCGGCGACCCGCAAGACGCGCCAGACGCUGAAGGAGGUUCGCACCACCACCUCCAUCAACAAGCUCAGGAAGUUCCACUGGUUCGAGAAGUUCCUGUGGUUCAUCUCGUCAGAGAACUACCUCGUUCUGGCGGGGCACGACCAGCAGCAGAACGAGCUCCUCGUCAAGCGCCACCUGACGAAGCGCAUAUAUCGUACCGUGCCCCCCUCCACCCUGCACCAGGCGGGCAUCAUGGCGCUGUGUUNCCUCACCACGGGCGCCUUCAUGGUCAGGGGCAAGAAGAACUUCCUGCCGCCCUCACAUCUCGUCUACGGCUUCGGCUUCCUCUUCAGGCUUGAGGAAUCUUCCGUUGCAAGCGUAGGCGCCUUCAUGGUCAGGGGCAAGAAGAACUUCCUGCCGCCCUCACAUCUCGUCUACGGCUUCGGCUUCCUCUUCAGGCUUGAGGAAUCUUCCGUGGCAAG